AUGGCGACUGAGUCGAAAUCGUGGGUGCCACGCUUCAACAAGAAGUCGCUCGGCUUCUCAUCUUACGUUUACUAUGAUCAGUUCAACCCAGGCAAUGUCGCUUCCACUCAUGGACGGAAUUCUCUGGUUGAUCUUGAUUACUCACCAUUGAAGCGUAUUACCGGCGCCUCUUUUUUCAUGGCCUUAAUGGUCAGCAUGGGUGGUUUCAUUUUCGGUUACGAUACUGGUCAGAUCUCUGGGUUUCUCGAGAUGCCGGACUUCAGGGAACGUUUUGCUCAACGACGCGACAAUGGCGAGCUGUACUUCAGCAACGUCCGCUCUGGUCUGAUCGUUGGCUUACUUUCCAUCGGUACCCUGAUUGGAGCAUUGACUGGUGGACCUCUGGCAGACAGGCUCGGCCGCAGACUGUCAAUAAGUUUCUGGUGCUUAAUCUUCUCCGUUGGCAACAUCGUCCAAAUUGCCGCCACCGAUAAGUGGUACCAGGUCAUGAUGGGCCGUUUCGUUAUGGGUCUUGGUGUUGGUGGCUUGUCCUUGUUGGUCCCAAUGUUCAUGGCCGAAUCUGGACCUCGACACAUCCGAGGUGCACUAAUCAGUUGCUAUCAGCUGUUCAUCACUUUUGGCAUUUUCAUGGCGGCAUGCAUCAACUACGGCGCGCACGAACACCAGCGAAACAGUGCUGCCUCUUGGCGUAUCACUAUGGGUAUCGGCUUUGUCUGGGCUGUCAUCCUUGGCUUUGGCAUCUUAUUGUUUGACGAGACUCCGAGGUACAAUUACCGCCAUGGCAAGAUCGAAGAAGCAAAGGCGUUCUUACAGAAAGUGUACGGCGCCCCUGCCAACCACUAUGUCCUGUAUGUCGAGCUCGAAGAGAUCGAACAGAAGCUCAGAGCCGAGUCUGCCCAACUCGGUGUCAUCCAGGAGUGGGCUGCAAUGAUCCGCGCUCCCAAGAUGCUCUACCGCGUUGCCCUCGGAAUGGGACUGCAGAUGUUCCAGCAAUUAACUGGUGCAAAUUAUUUUUUCUACUACGGAACGACAAUCUUUGUCGGCACGGGCAUCGAUAACUCCUUCGUGACACAAAUGAUCCUGAACGGUAUCAACUUCGGAACCACCUUCUACGGCUUAUACAUCGUUGAGCAUUAUGGUCGACGCAAGUCGCUCAUGGUGGGCAGUGUAUGGAUGUUCAUCAUGUUCCUCAUCUUCGCCAGUGUUGGACACUUUUCUCUCGACCGCGACAAUCCGAAAAAUACCGAGUCCGCAGCAACAGCUAUGAUCGUCUUGGCUUCGUUCUUCAUCUUUGGAUUCGCAACCACUUGGGGACCGAUGAUCUGGACCAUCUGCGGUGAGCUUUACCCAGGUCGCUACCGCGCAAAGGGCAUGGCGCUCAGUACAGCCUCGAAUUGGCUUUGGAACUUCCUCUUGGCCUUCUUCACCCCAUUCAUCACUGGUGCGAUCGACUUCCGCUAUGGUUACGUCUUCGCCGGCUGCAAUAUCCUCGGCGGCCUCAUAAUCUACUUCUUCGUCAUGGAAGGACAAGGAAGGACACUCGAAGAGAUCGACACGAUGUAUCUAUCCGGAGUUAUGCCUUGGAAGUCCUCCAAAUGGGAAGCCCCUCCACCAGAGGAGAUCUCAAGAAUCAGGAAAGAAGCUGGAGUCGAUUCAGAUGGGGUUGCCGAGAAUGGACUUGCUGCUGGUGGAAGAGGAAGUGAUGAGACUGGUGAAAUAUCCACGGAGAAGGCCGACAACGGUAACGGCACCAAUGAUGUGGCCGUGCACAAGGAGACUGGCCACUGAGCGCGAGUCGCUUCCAAGUGGUGCUUUGCUGCUCGCAACGUGGUCGAGGCCGAUAUUUGGUCGCCCAGACGAACUGCUGAUCACCGGAGAAAUGACGUGGCAUAAUGUUCUGCCGCAUGACCUAUGAGCACUCGACUAAUCACUCGCUAAUUAUCAGAUACCAACG